GUUCGACUGACUUUCAAAAUGCGCCUUGGACAUCGACAACGCGUCGUUCAAAGAAAGGAGGCCCAAUUUGACAUAACAUUACCUCUGUAGUGACCAAGCCUACUCGGCAACUGACAAUUGGACCUUGUCUGCUGUGCGCCGACAUCGCCUAACCUCGGCCCAACGACAUGACUCUUGAGCCACGCUGAAGAUACCCAUCAACCUCCUCUCAUCCUACCUCAACUGCGCUUCAGCCACAUUCCUGAACCAUGCCUCCUCUUGGUAGCGCCAGUAAGAGCAAGGGGAAGAAGGCAGAUGCGCGCCGCUCGCGAAGUCGCAACACAACCCCCAGUUCGGUCUUGAGUGUCGGUACUGCGCCGGCCGGACCAACAGCCACGCCUCUACUGGAGUUGGAAACCUCCAAACUUCUUGUACCUGCAAAGCCUACCUAUGGCGAAAUCAUCGAUUAUCUCGAGACUCACGGCACAAAAUUCGAGCCGAAAUCAUUGCAUGACUUGAUCGAUCAGUUGAAGCAUCUGAGCGAUGCUGCGGAGAAACGCGCCGAGUCCUGCGAGAAGGCCAUUCGCUUGAUCCAUGAACAGAAGAAAGAUUUGGAGUCGGAUCACCAAGAGCGCGAACACCAGGCAGAGCAGGCCCGUCGGGCAAAGGCUCGAAAGGAAGAGUCGCAGUCCUCGAAGAAUCCCAAGGCAAAGAAACGGAAGGAUAGACCGGAGACAUUUGACAGUGUUGAGAUUAAACGUGAAGAUGAGCCUUCCAACAAGAUCAAAAUGCGCGUCUCCGGCACCCCAGGACCAACGGACAGCCCUUCACCCUCAAAGAAAACAAAGCUCAGCCCCGGUACUUCAUCUUUAUCAGAAGUGGCCGACUCACCGGAUGCUGCCGCCGCAAGCCAUGCAUCACCAGCAAAGACCGACGUCUCUAUGUCUGAUGCUGAAGAUAAUCCUGUAGUUCACAGACAACGACCGGUUCCUCAGCAAGGCUUCUUUCCCGACCCUUUGGCUCCUGACCCGGUCAUCUAUCACAUCCGCGAAGUGACUCCGGGUAUGUCUGACGCAGAGAAGAAAGAAAUCUACGGCGUCACCUCGUUUCCUACCAAGGAUCUGAAGGAUGAGAUCGCAGGUGUUCCACCCGACAAAGACUUCAGCAAUGCCAAACCUACCAACCAGGUCUCUGCAAACACUUUCUUAACAUACGUCGAGCCUUUUGUCCGACCCCUAAUUGAAGAGGACAUGGCGUUCUUGAGAGAACGAGGCGAUCGAACCACACCUUUCCUGGCUGUUCCCCGAGGCAAACGUUCGUACCAAGAGAUCUGGGCCGAAGAAGAUGGAACCGUGCUUGUGGACAGCGGCAAUGACAAGCUUUCGCCCAACCAUCCAAGAGGUAGUGUCGAACAAAUAAAUGACGACAACUUGAAUACCGACCAAGUGUCGACUGGACCUCUAGCGAGCCGUUUGCUUUCGCUUCUCAAAUUCGAACAUCGUUCCCCACCUUCUGAUAUGAACGGAGUCAACGAGAAUGCUUUCAACACUGAUGGCAACGACACGAUGGAUCUGGACGGUCUCACUAAUGGUCAUGAUUCAUCCGAGAAGCCUCUUGCGCCUGCGUCCGCCGUCGCGGAUCUGGCUGGUUCAAAGUCCUCGAAUUCUCAGCGUCUGGACUACGUGCAGAGCGAAGAGCGCAUCAAAGGCGAACUUCGGUAUCUCGGCCUGCUCGGACAGGAUGAGAACCCCGAUUACGAUGCUCACCACGACGACGACAUCAGCGAGAGGUUGCGACUGUUGCAGGGAGAACUUCGUCGAGUCAUGAUCACCAAUGGCGCUCGUAAGACUCGCUUACUCGACCUUGCCAAGGAACGUCUAGCAUAUCAGGAGUACAGCACUAUUCACGAAGAUCUUGACAGUCAAGUCCAGCAAGCCUAUCUUAAGCGCACUAGGACAAUGGGCAAGACGAAGAAGGGCGGGCCUGGGUCUAAGCCUCGACCAGGUGGUACCGGGCCAGGCACUGCAAUGAGCCUUAGUAGAGCUAGGGACAUUGGAGAUAGUGCUAGGAUGCUGAUGGAUCGGAGAAAGCGAUGGGAGAGCUGCAUCGGGCCUGUCUUCAAGGAUAUGAAGCAUGGCAUUCCAGACAAGGACACGACCAUCUGGGAUCCGAAAGUAAUGGAGAUGUAUGAGAAGGCGGAGAUGGAGGCUCUUGAAGAAGCUGAAGAGUGACGAGAUUGUUCAUGACCCUCGUUGGACACAGAAUAGCAUAUCGUUGUAUGAUAGGCGACGUUCCAUGCUCAGUAAGAGAGACAUUGAAAGAAUGAUGAAGGUCAGCGCCUUCCCAAGCAUGAGUACAAAUAUCUCCAUGCAAAUGAUGCUGGAAGAUUCUUUGACUUCAAACACAGCUGCUGUCGCGGAUAGAGAAAAG